UUAUGGCUGACGAAGAUGUUAGCGUCCUUCGAGACCUACAAUCACAGUUAAAAGUAGCUAAAAUACCCAGUGAACGGUUGUCAACGCUCGCACAGCAAGGUGAUCUGAAGUUAGUUGAGGAGUUUCUCUCAGAAAGUAUUAAAGUUGAAAAAUCAGGCUCGGAUGCGAUUCAGAGUCAGUUAUAUAUAGCAAGUUUCUGGGGCAUUAAAGAUGUUGUGAGACAACUGUUAGCAAAUGGAGCAGACCCCAAUAAGCAGAAUCGGGGAACUCAGUGGACACCACUUCAUGCGGCCACCUUCCAAGAACAUGGACCUGUUGUGAUGGUGCUACUGGAGCAUGGAGCCAGUCCAGAGAUUGAAGAUUCCGAGGGAAGAACACCAAGAGAUUUCGCUUCUGCUUCAGAUAAAAUUUGGCCUCACUUCGCAGCACUGGACUUAAAGAGAACACCUAAGAUUGAACUCGUUGAAAAGGGUGUAAUAAGAAGGAUUGAUAAAGUACAGUCACAGAAAGAUGGACCAGGAGGCAUAAGAAUGGCCGCCUACAGCCGUCCACAGUCGGCCUAUGCCUACAACAGUGACCCGUUCAUCCUGGCAGCCUCCACGGGGGAUGUUCUAGCCGACGACAACGAGACUAAGCCCAGACCAGCAUACCUUAAAGCUCCUUUUGCUUUGUGGCAAUAACUUACCUACCUGUGCCAUCAGUGUUUUGACUGUUUUCUCCACAGUACACAGUACAUGUAGUGUCAGGUCACGGAUGUUUAUACCAUUUUUCUUAAAGGAACUGUCCUGAGUUUGUAGCUGUAACAUGCCGACAAGCAGACCCUUUUAAUAAAAUAUUUAAUGCAUUUUAUUAUUUAGAAUAGAGGUGUCUGUAUAUUCAACAUGUUUAUGUUUGUUUUAAUGUUUGUAGCAGUCUCAAUUAGAUUUAUUCUCCCAAUAAUUUUGUACAUACAAAAAACAAAACAUAUUUGGAAAUAAUAAGGCAUUUAAGCUACUACAAACCAUUAGGAUGAUCAAAAACACACUGAGUAUAGACACUGAUGGUUUAAACAAGAACAUUUAUUUAAAGUGUAAUUUUAGUCGUUAAAAGGGUAUUAUUAGUCGGAGACAUCUUAUAAUUGCAGCAAACUCAGGACAAUCUCUUGAACAUGUGUUCGGUGUGUCUGUCUUUUGUUCACUUGUCAUCAUCCUGCUAUUCAGUGGGUUGGGUAUACAACACGUUUGAGGAUAUCCAUCUUUGUUCACUUAUCAUCAUGGUGUUCAAUGGGUUGGGUAUACAAUAUGUAUGUUUGAAGAUAUCUAUCUUUGUUCACUUGUCAUCAUCAUGGUGUUCAGUGGGUUGGGUAUACAACACGUAUGUUUGAAGAUAUCCAUCUUUGUUCACUUGUCAUCAUCAUAGUGUUCAGUGGAUUGGGUAUACAACACGUAUGUAUGAAGAUAUCCAUAUUUGUUCACUUAUCAUCAUCAUAGUGUUCAGUGGGUUGGGUAUACAACACAUAUGUAUGAAGAUAUCCAUAUUUGUUCACUUAUCAUCAUCAUAGUGUUCAGUGGGUUGGGUAUACAACACGUAUGUAUGAAGAUAUCCAUCUUUGUUCACUUGUCAUCAUCAUAGUGUUCAGUGGGUUGGGUAUACAACAUGUAUGUAUGAAGAUAUCCAUCUUUUUUCACUUGUCCUCAUGGUGUUCAGUGGGUUGGGUAUACAACACGUAUGUAUGAAGAUAUCCAUAUUUGUUCACUUAUCAUCAUCAUAGUGUUCAGUGGGUUGGGUAUACAACAUGUAUGCAUGAAGAUAUCCAUCUGUGUUCACUUAUCAUCAUCAUAGUGUUCAGGUGGUUGGGUAUACAGUUUCCAACAAACAAGCAGUUUUUCUUCUGUUCAAAAGUGUCUCCACUGGGUUUUCUGGAUUUGUAGUUAAAUUUCUGGAUCGAUCCAUUGAUCCACGUUACAUACAAGGAAUCAUAAGAUGAAGACCAAAGAAAGCAAGCUGACAUUUUCCACCUGCUGCUUUGUCAAGUGGGUGUUUAUUGUCUUUUGUGUAUAGAAUUAGUCUGUGUUGAUUCAGUAAUAAAAUGUUUCACAGGUGAAAUAUGAAAAAGACAUAUUUCAUAUUUUUGUAUAAAGUUAAGAAAGUAAAAUUGAGGUGAAAAAAUAAUUCAGUAUUGUUCAUUGAUUAGACAACGAUAAUAAUUAAUUUUAGUGUACAUCUUUUCAGUAUUUUAUUUUUAAAAAUGCAUUUAUGUUUUAAAAAGUUGUAUAACUGAUUAUAUUUCCAUUUACCCAUAUUACAUCGAGGACAGACAACUAUAACUGAUUAUGCCCACUUUUUAUAAAAAUCAGAUUAGUCCACUAGUUCAUUUUAUAACUGAAAAAAAGAGCAAAAAACCCAACAUUUGUGCAGGGGCGCAAGACAAAUAAAUACAAUAACAUCGAUGCAAAGCUAUAUAAUUUGAGAAAAUAAAAUAAAAAUGCUUUCUUUCUUUUUAUUUAUUUUAAUUUCUAACUGUUAAAACAUGUUUUGUUUCUUAAACCAUGAUUUUGGACAUGGUCGGUUCUGUUUGUUAGUUUUUGACAUUUAACAUAAUUUUGGCUUGUAACUGUAUUUUUAUUUUAAAUAAGAAAUCUGUGAUCUCCGUCAGUGUUUAGGUACAGUAUUAUUUGUUAAUAUAUCUGUGAUACACUCGUAACAUUGUGUGCAAUAAAUGGUUUAUUUUA